AAAAAGUUUAUUAAUGAAUUAAAAUAUUUAAUCUUAAAGACUUUAGCGUCUAAUCAUCCCAAACAUUUUUAAUAAAUUAUCUAUCAGUUUAUGACUACAUUUAUGAUCUACUUUUAACGAAAAAAGUUGUUAACACAUUGUUCCUAAUUGGCUUUUAACUUUGGAGAAAUGUGGCCCAGUAUGCUCUGAGGUCACCAGUUACCACAUUUUGUAAGUUUCUAGGAGAAGGACAUGGAAGAUUACGCACGUGAACCAUGGUAAUAGAUUGACAGUUAUUAUUAGUAUUGAGUGUAUAUAUAAUUUAAGCAAAAUGGCAGAACCUAUAUUGUAUUCGAAAUUGUUAAUUUUACUUGAAAAAUAAAUACAUCUGUAAUUGCGUCAUACUCGACUGACCACUACUAAGAAGUUACUUUAAUUAAUUUUAUAAUAUUAAGUCUAUGUCUAUCAUUUUCAUAAUCUCAUAUCAUAAUGAUUUGAAUGAUAGUCCUAGUGGCUACCAUUUAAAUAGCAAUUCCAACCGUAACAAUUCAAUUGUGUUCAUAACUUAAUGCUUUAGUAGUAGAUAACCAAUUGUUUUAUUAGUUUUACAUAAGAAAGAUGAAAGAGACAACUAAAAAAUAGGUACUCCGUAUUGCCAGGAAACACCCGAAAAAUCAGGUUUCAUAAUUUAUCAUUUAUGGGGAAGCGUUAUACGCAGUCGGCUGCGCAUAACCCUGAGGGUUAUUCCCAGCCGACUGCGUAUAACUCUCAGGGUUAUACGCAGUCGGCUAGGAAUUUAGCCAAAUAAGGUUUAUCAAUCGCUUGUUUGGCAAAUUUUAAAAAAAAGUAUUAUGCGUAAUUAGCUGCAUGACGGGUUGUUUUGUACUAUUACUUUUAAUGUGUUAAAAUUGAAUUAAUUUUAAUUAAUAUUGAAAUUGAUGAUAGCAAUAGUAUUAGUGCUAUUAUUAGUAUUAUUGCUUGUAUCUUAUUAGGUACUUUGACACAAAAUUUAAAUAUUGUCUGAGUGUAAUGAUUAAUACACCAUUUUAAAGGGCUACCUAUAAGCUUUUUAACAACACCAAUUUCAUCAUUCUAUCUUUUAUAGAACUGGAGUUAUGUUUUUUUUUGUCGAAUUUUUUAUGCCCCUAUAUAAGCUAUAUAUGCGGCCAAAAAAACUUGUGACCCACUUUUAAUUUUUUUCCACUUUUUUCCACAUAAAUUUUUUAUUUUUCGAAAUAAUGAUACCAAAUUUUCAGUACAUAUUCUCAGUGCAAUAUACAAUGCAAUGAACAACAAAAUUUUGCCAUUAUAAAAUAAAUAUUUAUUUUUAAAAAUGAUUAUGCAAGGAAAGUAACAAAAAAAAUAUAUAUUUUUUUUUAAAUUUUAAUAAUUUUUACAUGAAAAAAAAAAUGCAGGUUUAUUCCAUUGGCAAGUAAUAACAUCAAAUAAAAUUUUAAUUAUAGUUAUUUUAUGUUCUGUUGGGAACUUGAAAAUACCUGAAAAGAAAAAUUAUUAAAAAGUAAAAAAAAAAAAGUAAAAUUUUAUUUUAUUUUUUUAAAUUUUAAUAAUUUUUUCAUUAAAAACAAAAAAAUUGCAGGUUUAUUCCAUUGGCAAGUAAUAACAUCAAAUAAAAUUUUAGUUAUAGUUAUUUUAUUUUCUGUAGGGAACUUGAAAAUGCCUGAAAAGAAAAAUUAUUAAAAUUUUAUUAUUUUUUAAAAUCAAUGGUCCACAAAAUAAACUAAUUACAUGAAAUAAAGAAAGAAAUCAGUGCUACUACUUAUUUGAUGGGACUCUGAAAACAUCCUGAAAAGAGAUAUAGAAAUUUUAUUAAUUAAAUUAUUCAAAUAUUGAGUCAAAAGACAACAACAUGGGACAUGGUUAAUGGUAAGUUUGUAAAUAAAUUACUGACAAUAAAGGUUAAACCAAUACUAAUAAUAUUUACCUGUAUGUGGUUCCUUCUGCUCAGAAGACUGCACUUCUCCAUAUUGGUUGUUGAUGCUCCCAGUUAUCGUUCCAAGUGCAGCACCUUGGUCUUCAGUGUUGUCUUCUCUCGCUUUAGUGUCUCAACCCUUACCGUCUUCCUCUUUAUGGUCUGAGUCCACACUUUCAUCUCAGGGGACCUGUGAAGUGACUUAGCAUUUAAUUUACAUUUAACAACCUUCACCUUAUUUAAAAAAAACUGGCACCAGGCUGUACACCCUUGCCUUAUGGAGUGGCAUUGAUUACAAUCAGUGCGCAACUUCUUAAGUGUUGGUGGAGCCUUUAAUUCCUGCUGAGCUACCUGUGGAAGAAACAUUUCAUCUGUUAAUGGAGUUGCAGCAUCAGAAGAGCUGGAAGGCACAAUCUUUUUUCCUUGGAAACUGGCGCACUAAAAGGCUGAAACAAAAGAUCCUGGAUUCUCAUCCAUUUUAGAGUGAAAUGCUUUUUUAAAGAUAAGAUAUCGGUAAACAAUUUUUGACACUUAGUACAUAUUCCAUUCUUAUUUGACACAUAGUUGAGAUCUUUCUUAAUAAAGACCUCAUCAAGUGCAGACACUGCAGCAAUCAUGCCCUCUUUCUUGUUGGCACAGGUGGUAUAGAAAUAGAAUCCGUAGCCAUUCUUAUACAUGCCAGUGGCUACAUCUUGGGCAAAGCUUGCCACCAAAUGAUCAAAAUCCUGAAGGGUAACAGUUACAGACAUUCUUGAUUUCGCUGGGGAAAAAAUCAAAAGAAAAUAUAGCAAUAAUUUUACUUUCAAUUUUGCGUAAUUUAUAAUAUAAAUCAUAACAAUUAUUAUUAUUAAUUAAUAUUUUCAAAAUGUUACAUUACUACAUUUUUACUAUACUAUACUAUAAAAAGAUUAUUCUUAAAAUUACAUUUCAUAUUUUAUUUAUUUAUUUAUGACUUGUCUGGUCUUUAACUAAGUUAACUAAGCCUAAUAUCAUGUUAAUGUUUAUUUAUUACUUAUACUUAGUUAAAUUUAUUACUAUUUAACUAACUAUUUUUAUUGUAUUUUGCAUUUUAAUUAUUAAUAUACAAUUCUCGGCCUUUAAAUUUAAAAAAAAAAAAAAAAAAAAAAACAAGCUUCAUCAAUCAAUGGAAUUUUUAUAAUUUUAAUCAUCAUAUCAGUUUCUGUAAUAUUUUAUAAUACUUUUACUAAUUACUAAUUUUAUUAGAUUUAUUUCGACGUUCAAAGAUUACUAAUGAUCUAAAGUAAUAAAACUAUCUUAUUGAUAAUUAAAAGUAUUAAAUUAUGGUCCCACAUUGUUAGAUGAUUAUGGUAAAAAUAUUUUUAUAGAGAAAUAUAGGACAUGGUUAAAUUGGAAUAAUAUUAUUAAUUAUAUAAUAGUAAUAUUAUUAAUUUUAUUAGUAAUAAAGUAAAGCAAUGCUCAUUAUUAUUGUGUUAUUAUAUUAUUACAUUACAUCUCUGUAGUUUAUAUUUAAUUGAUAAGACAAGAAUAGCCCUUUCCGAUAACCCAUUUUUUUUUUAAAGGGGGGUUACCACUGAUAUAUUUUAAUUUUCUUACACAUUUAAAAAUUUUUUUUUGAAAAUUCAUAACUUUUUGUUGCAAUAACCUAUCAUUACAAAGUAAAGUUAUUAUUUUGUGGGAAGGAUCACAGCAUUGGUACAGGUAAACAACUUUGUUGUACGAAUUUACACAAAAAAGUAAUAAGCUAUUAAGUACAUACCUCUGUAUGAAAUGAAACGCGUUGCCGGUCACAAUGUUUACAAUGUGGUAAAAUGGUACCAGCUUGCUCAGAAAAAUAUGCGCUCUACGUCACUGAUGACUAAAUAAUUUAUUAUUAGAAAACUGUGACGUGAAACGCAAAAAAACGAAAGCCUCGCCAAGCCGUCUGUUAUAUUGCCACAAGAGUUUUCCGUCAGUUUUCGGUCAUGCGCAAACGGUAUGCGCGAGAGGGUAUCGAUAUACCUAAUCUUAUAUAUUAUAAUUAUAAGUAUAAGUCAAAUUCUACAUUUGUUAGAUAGAGUCUAAGUCUAAGAUUUUUUAAAAGGCAUUUCCAUGGUCUAAGUCUAGUUAUGUAUUUUGAUUGAUUAGGUUUUUAUAUGUUGCUAUGACCAUGUGGUUAGUUUUACUAACUAAUUCAGGAAAUACAUUCUAUCUAUUUUUUAAAAUUUUUUAUCAUUUAUGAUUUUUUUUUUUUUUUGAUGACCUAAAUGUAACAGUUUUCAGCUUCCAUGCAAAACUAUAACUGUGUGAAAAUAUUACUUACAGUGCCCUCUCUACAGAACCCCCUGCCCCUACAGCGAUUUUUUUACUGCUACUCUCUACCCAUGAUUAUAUUUAUUACUGUACCAGAGAAACAUGAUUUUAUCUGCCACAAAAUUAGCUAACAAGUUUUAACAUUUUUUAGCCAAAACAAAAGUAAGUUGCCUAGUUGUUUUUGCUUCAUUCUCGAGAACAAACAUAGCAUCUAACACGUAUUCUUGGCUUGCCGUUGGCUGGAAUUGAACUCAAGAAACUGAGGUUUGGUCAGUUUGUACCAUUCGACCACCCAGUCACCGCAACACGAGGCACCCUUAUUGAUUGAUACUGUAAAACAGGAAGAAUAUAGACAUCACGUGACUUGCCGACUGCGUAUAACUCUCAGGGUUAUACGCAGUCAGCUGCGCAUAACCACUUCGUAAUUUAUGGCUAAGGCUAAUGUGAAGAGAAGCACCCUGACGUCAUUACGAGUCAGUUCAGGCCAACCGGUCUAAGUAGUAGUUUUACUGAUUAUCCGAAUGUAACAAUAACAAGCUGUGGAAGUGCAUUGUACAUAUUGGGGGCAUUUCUCCAUGCUAUAAAUUCCAACAUUGACCAUUAAUAAUAAAUACAUUCAAUUAUUACCUAUUGCGACACUCGGUUUUGAAAAAGCUGUUGUUGUUCGCAAUGGUGUCCCAACUUUUAAUUCUUUUGAAAAGCAUAACAUGCAUGCAUUUGACUUCGUAAACCAAAUAUAAGGAUGACUUACUGUGUGCUAAGCCCACAGUUUGCAAAAAAAAAUGUCCCAGUGCAUUUACUGCAACUCAUAUUGUACAGAUGGCAUUUCCUUGAGUCACCAUCAUGUGACAACAUUAUGAGAUUAAAGAACUGGUAUUAUUGGUACGUUGACAGUUAUCGCAGUCAUGUUCAGUAAGCUAACUAACCAUCUAAAUAAAAGAUAACUGAAGAACUGCAUUCAAGCUGUAUGAAGGAAAUAGUGGAACAAGGUAUGUGGAAGCUUGAAAAGACAUGAUAAUAAAAAGAGAAAGAGAAAACACAUCUUAUGACCAGGAGAGCUGCCAUGCUGAAAUACUUGUAUAGUCAAUAAAUUAAUAGGACUCGAAAUCCACAGUUUCUUCCGUUUGGUCAUCUUUGGACUCGAAUUGCAAGUAUUAUAUACAGUACACAGUCAUUGAUUGGUGUUUUUAUAAGCUACACCUGUCACUAUUCACUUAUGACUUAUUCACUACCUAGACCUGCCUACUUAGUUACUUCUUUACUUUCCCAAAUUUGUACUUUCCCAAAGGCUGUAUAAGAGGCUACCAUAAAUAAAAUAAUCAAUAUUAGCAAGUAACAGCUACUACACAUGUUUUUAAUUAUUAGUACAAUUACCUGAGAUGACAGGAUUAUGAUCAAAUGUGACAUCGUCUUCUAAAAAACACGAGAGUGACUUUUGGCCGUGGCGUGAACCUAACACUCUAACAUUUGUAAAUACUCUUGAAGGCUCUAAUUUACUGCUUUGGAUACUGUUGUCAGUGUGAUGUACUGUUUACACAAUAAAUGCAGUAUUAAAAUCAAUGGAUUUUCUAAUUUUUCUGUGGAAUGAUAAAUUAUUAAUAUCUAGUAAAAUAUAUAGUGCUGCUGAGAGUAGAUAAGCCUAGAUAUUCAUCAAUAUUUGUGAUGAGCUCAAAGUUUGCCUAUAAAGUUAAUGUCUGAAAACAAAAGUGAUUUUCUAAUUACAAAAUGUUGGAAUCCUUAUGACUAUGAUGAUUAUUUAACUCAUUCUUAUUAGUCUACAUCUAUUUUCUAUUGUUACCAAAUCUCAUGUUAAUAUUUUUCUCAUAUUUUUAGUCCAUGGCGCAUCAUGGAAGAUUGUGGUGGAGCUUUCUCCAUGGGGGCCAUAGGAGGAUCAUUGUUUCAUGGUAUUAAAGGUUUCAGAAAUGCUCCAAGUGUAAGUAUUUAUUUUUACAGGUCCUCUGUCGGAAAAGUAUUUUUCAAUAAAAUUAUUACCUUAUAGAUCUAUAGAAUUAGAAUUAAUAUAUGAUUAGACUGUUUGUCAUUAUUUAAUCCCACAAUAUUUAAAAUACCUACUUAAAAGUUCUAAAUAUUAUCAGUAUUUUAAAAUUAUCUCUAAUUAUGUAAAAUUAGUUAUUUUAACAUCAUCGAAAUUAAUAUAGUUUUGUUUCCACAGGGUAACUACAGACGUUUAAUCAGUAGUUUUGUUACACUUAAAGAGAGAGCUCCAAUAGUUGGAGGUUGGUAAAUCAAUCCUACAUUUGAAAAUUAGGCUCUUUUGAGCAAGAUUAAUGAAGAAAGUGCAUGAUCUGAUAUGACUUUUUUUUUAAAGCUCAUAUACUGUUUAAUAAAGUACCCUGCGAUGCAAUUUUUUGGGGCUUUUGGUAUGGUAAUUAAAUUAUUUGAUGUACAGUCAAACCAGCUUAUAUCGACCUCGGUUAACUCGCUAACCCUAUCAUGUCGACGUUUUUGAAGUGGAACUGCCCAAUUCUCUCUUUGUCUUAGCAUUUUCCCCUUGGUUAUUUCGAUUCUUUUAUGUCGCCGAACCCUGGUAUCUCUAGCACAAAAGGCGGUCAAAUUUGCCACUUUGCGUCAGUUAUUUUGAUCCCCUGAAUGAUCACCGGCUUUUGAAAUCCACAAGUAGAAAUUGCAAACAACAAACAAACAAGUUUUGCAUAAUUAAAAAUAAUUAUUUAUUUCUGAAAAUACAGGAGUGAAAGAGUGCUUGAUUUUUUUGGGACACACUCCCCACCCCCUAAACUCGUACGUACAAGGAGCUUUUAGCCCCAUCCCUAUAAAAAAAAACCAAAGACAUCAAACAAUAUUAUGGGUAAUUGUGAUGUCACAGGAUAAUUUUUUGUUUGUUUUUUAAAAAAUGAAUCGGGUGUUUAUACAGCCGGCAAUUUGGCCAGCCCAGUGGUCCCCAUAUUAUGCGUCGCUCUGGGUGCGAAGUUGCCCUCAGUCAGGCAGGGCUAUGAGAAUGGGGCAAAGAGGGCAGUCACAGCGGGAACCAAAUUAUAUAUCAAAACAAUCCAAAAUAUAAACAAUCAACACUCCCAACCCCUCAGUGGGCCGCAGUUAAAUAUCAAAUGUUGACCGGUCCGCGGCAAUAAAAAGUUUGGGGACCACUGAUCUAGAUCAUCGGUUAUUUCAUCGCUUUAUGGCAAACCCCUAGGCCGUCGACAUCGCCAGGUUCUACUGUAUUUACAUCAGAUAGACAAAAAGCCAUAGAUUUGGUGGGUAUGAAAGGAUGUGGUUAUGGACUGUAGCACUGGUGAGGAUGAUGAUCUAAAAUAAUAUAAUUUUAAGAUUUAAUGAUUGUGCAAUUUUUUUAUGAUAAAACAGGACAUAUUGCAGAUCUGAAAACUUAUUGUAUUAAAAACUUGGAAUACAUUUUAUUAGCAACAUCUUACUAAUUGUAAUAUUCGAUUACCACAUAAUUUUAAAAAAAAAAACCUUUCUCAUUAAAACAAAGCAAAAGAAUGAAGCACCUAUUCCCAUAAAACAUGUUGAAUGGGACAUCUCUUUGAUUUUCUAAAAUAAAAGCAUAAGUUUGAUGUAAUUUUUCAUGUUGUAAACUACAGUUUUGUAUCCUUAUCCUUAAAUAUUUAAUAAAUUGUAAACAUUAAUUAUUGAAAAAUCUUUGUCAAUGGUGCGUUGUUUAGCUUAUUUUAUUAUUAUCUCAGGAAACUUUGCUGUGUGGGGUGGUCUAUUUUCUGCCAUUGAUUGUACAAUGGUGUACAUGAGAAAAAAGGAAGAUCCUUGGAAUUCCAUCACAAGUGGAGCCCUUACUGGUGCAAUCCUCUCAGUUAGAAGUGAGUAUUUAUGUGCCAGACAGGUAGGUAAAUUGUAAUCUUUUCUAUAAAAUGUACACUUUUACUGCGUCAUUUCAAACAAUAUGUGAUUGAGUGACAAACGUAAGUCCUUAUCAAUAGAUAUAUUGCAUAUUUGACAACUAGAUGUCAAAACUGAAUUUUGCUGCUGAUCUUGUUCAACAGUAUUUCAUUUGUCUUUAUAAAUGUCACAACAAGAGUUAAUGAGUUUACUUAAUUGUCCAAAUUUGGUAUUCCUCUUACAGAAGAGUGCACUAUUAAAUUAAAUAUGAAUAUCAGUCUGUUGUCUAUUUAAUUAUUUUGCGUUGCAAGUAAACUUCAAAGUUUAUCUAAUUUUUUCACAAACAUAAAUAUAAUUGGCUGUGUCCUCCAGGGUUUAAUGAAAGCAAAUCUCAAUAUGUUUAUCAUCUUUAAUUUCAGAUGGAACAGGGGCCAUCAUUGGGUCUGCAAUUAUCGGUGAGGCAUUUAAGAAAUUUACUUAUGUAUGGGAAUGCGACAAUCAUGUAUCAUAUCAUCAACUGUUUUUCUUUUACUUAAAUUUUUUUAUUUAAAAAUAUGUCAGUGUUGUUGAUUGAUAUAUUAUCUUUGUGAUAGAUAUAUUAUGAAAUGUAACUGUGUGCAUGAUCCACUUUUUUUAACAUUACAUGGAGUAAAACGUAAACCAAAUUAGUGGAAAUAUUUUUGCUAAUUAUUUUGUACCCCACAGGUGGUGUUUUACUUGCCCUUAUUGAAGGUUUUGGAAUUAUGUUCACAAGAUUUACAGCGGAACAAUUUAACCCUGGUGAGUCAAGUAUAAUUUGGAAAUAUUUAAUAAUACACUUUAGGAAAGAUUAAGCUCAAAAUUUUUUAGUUUGCAGUGCUUUUAAUGACUAUGGUAUCAAUUGUGUUAACAAAUUGAAAAAUGUAAAUGUUAUUUUAUUGUUUUAGUCCAUUUUUAUGUAAGUAGUUGAAUUAUUAACGUUACGCAGACCUGCCAACCCUUCCGAUUUUAUCGGAAUUAUACAGAUUUUUUAUCCAUCAUUCCGACCUUCCGACAAACCCCUUAAAAUUCUGAUUUUCCGAGCCUUACUAUUUUUCACCCGUAAUAAAAAUCCAAAAGCAAAAAAAAAAAAAUUUUUUUAAUCGGGUAUGACAGGAGGUGGGGCAUUCGGAUGAUGCCACUUCCUUUGUUUUUACGAAGUGUCAACAUGUCCGUCGACCGGACGAAUAUGUUCUCGAGAUAUUCGUCUGGCUAUUAUAUAUUCAACCAAGUCACAUGACCGCUGUAACAAAGUUGCGUGAGAUAUAUGUCCGCCAGCCUUGUACAGUGACCUCUAAUGGUUGAUCAGACUUUAUGGUACUUCAUUUCAACAAAUUCAAGAUAGUCUGGAUAUUUACAUGAAAAAGAAAUAUGUUCAAUUCAAAGAAAUACUGGAACCAUUUCUGGUAUAUAUAUAAUGAACAAAUGGUUAAAAGUGUUAAAUAAAACUUUACAUGCCUGCCGGAUGAAUAUCUCCCACACUAUUUGUCUGCACUAAACAAAACAUACAACUUCAGAUAAAAGCAGUGAAUCUACGACAUCCAUGUCUAAUUUCUUUGCUAAGGCUUCCGACGAUUCAGUUAUCAUAUUGGAAGUUUACCACCUUUCUUAUUGAAAGAAUUAUUGCUUUAGCCAACUCUGAUCAUUUUAAUGCCAGAAUCAAAGAAAUGUUUCCAGAGUCACAGAUUACUAGAAGAUUGUGAAGAAAAAAAUACAUUGAAACAAGGGCAAGCAUGAAAAUUAAUACGCUUUCUAACUUGCUUGUAACUAAAAUCAAUUGCAAUGCUAACCUUCAGUUGUCCAAAGAGCUGUUGGACAAGUGCAAAAAGACCACUAGGGAUAUGCUGGAAAAAUGAAAUCUCAGCAGCCUUUGUACAUAUGUAUAUAUAAAAGUGAGAGUUUGUUUGUGGCUGGCUGGAUUUGUUCCACAUACUUUUUUACAUGGAUUGAUGGAUCUUGACCAAACUUGGCACAUAUAUCCAUCAUUAUCCGGAAGGAACUCUUAAGGGGUUAUGAACUUUUUUUAUUACAUUACUUUUGGGGCUGGGGCCCCGAAUUUGUUUUUUUUUCUAUAUGAGCUAUAUAAAAAGUUUUAGAAACAAGUACUCCUGCAGGAAUAGAUUGAUACUGACCAAACUUAGCACACAUACACUUGAUUAUCCAUACUCAAAUUCUGAAGGGUACUGAAUUCAUAAUAUCCAAUCCAUGCAGGGCCGAUCUAGUAUGUAAAUAAAAUGGAUAUAAUGUUCUGUCUAUAAACAUAUCCAUUAAUGAUUUUCUCAUGUUCUGUUGACUCUUCAAAGACAAUUAAGGUAACUUUAUAUUUAUUAAUUUACAAAAGAAGGCUUGUGCAUUAGUAUGUAGAACUUAAACCAACGCCCGCGCCCCCCCCCCCCCCCCCCCCCCCCUUUACAGAUAUAUUUUGUUGGCAGGUCUGAUUACCACUUUUCUAACUUUAUUAACUAAUUAUUAAGUAAAUUAUCUAUCAUAGUGAGAUCACUUAGAUAAUACUUCUUUUGUAUGUUAAUUACAUGUUUAUACCUUGCAGCCAAUCGUAUGAUGGAAGAAGAUCCUGCCCUCUCUGGGCAACAGUACCCUACAGUAGGUUCUAUAGGUGCACAAGAUGGUAGCUCAAUAUUUGGCUCUCAACACUCAUAUCAGUAGCAGAGUAAUUUAAGUAUGUAAAUAAAAAAAAAUUAAAAUAUGUGAAAGAACAUAGGUUUUGCCCAGCACAGCAAAGUUUCCCUGUACAGUAUGUUGGACUGUUGGUCAUCAUGAACAUCCUAUGCUCUACACUGUUGUAUGUAAUGUACAACGUCUGAUAUUUUAAUUCUAAAUUCAGAAGCUUUGAAGUCUAAGCAAGCUAUAUCAACGUCUUGUAGUUAAAACAUUGAUUGUCAUUUCUCUUUUAUGAAGCACAUCUUCAUAAUGGUAGUGGUGACCUUUUACAUAAGUUAUAGAGGACACGCUCUCGAGUAUUCUCCUCAAAUUAAUUAGUUUUCAGAGAAAAAAAUAUUUUUUAAAAUGUUAAAUCUGCUUCCAGAAGAUACCACAUUAGUUUCUCUAAAUAUAACAAAUUUUAGUCAGCAGUGUUUGGCUUUUGUUGUAAAUUUUUUUUUUUGAUCAAAACUGUUUUUUUUUUCUUUGUUUUUUUUUUUUUUUAAUGUUGUUUGUGAUUAUAAUUUUUUCAUUUUUUUUAUUUUUUGUUUUUUUUUUCUGAAAACUUAUUCAUUUAAAAUAAACCUGGUGAUUAUUUUCUGUCACCUUGUUGUUUUAAAAAAAAAAAAAAAGAAUACAUACAUUCAUAAUGUUGCAUUAUGUGGUCAUGUUUUUUUUUAUUCAAAUCACCUGACAUCGGUAAAAUGUUUUGUAAUAUGGAAAAGCAAUUCAUUUAAAGGAAAGAGUUUAAAUCUCAAACAUUGGGUUUAAUGACAAAUAGGGUCUUAAAGUGCUUAGGGUUCAUUUGGAUCAUUUUUACUCAUGUGCAAUUUGUAUUGCAGGCCCUAUGCUAAUUUUCCCAAAGCAUUUUACUAUAAAUAAAUGUUAAAUAUUUUUAACUGUCAAGUCAAAUAUGUAUCACACUGUACAUAAUCUCCAUUAAAGCAUUUCUAUUUAAAACAUCUUUGUUAUUAGAUUUAUUUUUGAAAAUGUGUAUCUUUUUAACAAAAAUGUUUAUGUUUGUGAGGUCUAUGACUUAUUUAUAAAGGGUUUAUUUUUAGCAUUAAAAACUGGUCUCUUGUGCUGUGGGAGAAGUUAAUUUUUAAAAUUAAAAGUACUUGGCUGUCUUAUAAGGCGGUAGUUUCACUGUGAGUUACAAUGCAAACCCAAAAUAAGGGAUGGGUAUACCACAUGCCUACAAAGAGGGGGGGGGGGGGACGACACCCCCCGCAUAUUUUUAGAAUAAUUCUUUUAUGAACUACCCCAUAUAUAUCAAAGAAAUAACACAAGAGUUUGACAUGUUUUAUGUAAGAGAUAAAAAAAAAUAAGGGAUGGGUAUACCACAUGCCUACAAAGAGGGGGUGGGGGGACGACACACCCCGCAUAUUUUUAGAAUAAUUCUUUUAUGAACUACCCCAUAUAUAUCAAAGAAAUAACACAAGAGUUUGACAUGUUUUAUGUAAGAGAUAAAAUGGUGGUCUGACAGCUUAUAGACAACUUUUUUAAACACUUGUUUUAACAUAAGGAGAUCUUCUGUUUUUUAAGCUCCAGUUUGAAUAGUGCAAAGGGAAUUUUUUUAAAAUUAAUAGAUAUUGCUGUUUAUUUCUCCCAUUAAAUAUUAUGAAAAACAGUCGCCAUCUUUAUCCUGACAUAUUUUGUAGUUGUAGACUUUGGGAGUUUAGUCCAUUGUAUCCAUCCUCUACAAUAAGUCAUCCAUUUGAAAGUUGUUUUUGUUAGGUGGCCAUGUCCUGAUGGGAGAGCUAAAGAUUUCUUGCAUGAAGACUAACAAAUAAUUUUUUAAAAAUUACCAGUAAAAAUAUUUGAUAUCAUAUUAUUUUUAAUAAAUCAAGGAAAUAUCAGAGCUAUCAUAGAUUAAAGAUAAUAAACAAAAUAUACAAGAACAGGCCCUUUUGUGCUUUAAAAAAGAUUAUUUUUUUUAACACAAAAAGGUAUGUGACAGAAGUUUUCAUUUGGCUACUGAAAGUAUGUAAGAUGUUGAAGUAAAUGUGUUGGUUCUUGUUGGUCACAUUUUGACAGAUGCAACAUGAGAAUGUCGAGGGAUGGAAGUGAUCUGGUCAAUGCUAAGCAAUACUAUUGAAAAGGCUGAAAUAUUAAUUGUACAACUAUUUUAAGAGAAGUUGAGAUAGGUUAUCAAUGAGUUUAAAUUUAAGCAGGUGCUGACAAUGAUGCAUGCCUUAAUCAUAGCAAUAUUAGCGUAAUACCAAGGCUGGCAAUUGGUUUAUGUUUGGUGAAGGGUGUAGAAGAGAUUUAUGACUUUUGAAGUCUAAUGAGUUUUGUUUGAAUCCAUGGUUUUAAAGUAUUCCAAUGUAAUCCAAGAAUGGUCUUGUGUGAGAAAUUAGCUGGUUAAGGUCAUUGAGCUCAUGCAAGUCUGAAGCUUUCUGGUUCACCACUGACCUGGAAUGUCUCCACCAGGAGUGAUCAUGAACAGAGACUACAAGUCUUUUUUAGAUUCAUGAUAAUCUGUCUGAUGCCAACACCAACCAGCAACUGUCACAAUGAGUUCAAUUAGACUAAAUUUGUUCACAUCAAGUUUUAGUUUCAUUGGUGUUGUCCAGGCUCUAUUAAUAACUAAACUUUACAACUCAUACAGUAUUGUAUUUGUAUGGAGCUUAAUGAUAUUGGGUUUGUCAUAUGUAACAGACAACCAAGGCCAACCUUGCAAAAGUUGUCAAAGCUUUUGAUAAUUAUUAAUAUUCACAUGGAUUUCACAAUUAUUUGAACACUAUGGUACUAAAAAGUAAUAUUUCAUCCAUUGUAAACAAUUACUGUGAUAAAGAUGUAAAUAAUAUGCAAUGUAGUAAUAUUAAAUGCAAAAUAUUUUAUGUUAAAAUGAAACAUAAGUUUCUUUGGGCAAUGCUUGGAAGUUAAAUUCAAUACUUUGUUCCAAUAGAAAGGACAAUACUUACUAAUAAAAAUUUACAAUUUUGUUAACUUCACAAAUAUACUAACUCAUAAGGAGCGCUUGUAAUUAACUGCAGGUUAUACAACUUUUGCCAUAUUUUAAAUAUUAAAAUUCUACAUAACUUUUUUUUUUAGAAUCCCUCUUAAAUUGUUAAAGAAACAAAAUUUAAAAAUGAUAUUUCAUAAGAUACUCUUGUCAUGCAAAAAAACAUAAUAAUGUAAUAAAUAUGUCAUGAUACAGAAAAAUAAAGCAAAAAAUAAAUGAAACCAAUUGUAAGGUGCAACACAGUGUCAUAAAUCAUAUGAAUAACCCAAAAAAAAAAAAUUAUUUUUAAGAAAUGUACAGUUUAAAAUGAUUCUGUGCAUUGUAAAAAAAAAUUUACGCUUCUGGCAUUAUUUUUGUUCAUCUCUGAAUCAGUACAGUACAUUUUAAUUUUGGAUUCGCCAUAGUUUUUAUGAAUCAUUUUCUAUCUGGAUUGGAUUGAAACAUUUUAAUGUGGCACAUGUACUACCGAUAGGUAUCUCUGCUUAGAAUUAAAAGUAAAUAAAACCAAGGCUAGCAACUCUGAAUGCAUGGAAUGUUAUUUGCAGAACAAACCAAACAUGAACAAGAUUGUAACCCUCAGAUAGUUUUAAUUAAUAAUAUUUCUUAUGAAUCCUCAUCUGAGUUUGAGGCGUUGUCAAUAAUUUUAGACUCAUUGAUGUCCUUAAAGCAGAGAUUGAUUUUUUUUACAUUAAAAAAAAAAUCUUUAACUGUACCGGUAAUUAUGAACUUAUUGGGUUUAGGUGAAUGCCAAAAUGUCUAUUGAAAUUAAAUUAUGGAAACUUAAAUAGAGCUGCUCAAACAAGUAAGCAUGAAAUGUGGCACAUGCCAUGCUUCACAGUACAGAUGAGAAAACAAAAAUAUGAUCAUUUAAGAAAAAAUUCAGUAAAAGAAAGGCACUGAAUAAUCAAAGAUUCAUGAUUAUAUCACAAACAAACAUUGUAUAGUGUGGGCUGAUUAAAUAUGUAAUUACUAUUGGAAGGAUAACAAACGAUGUAAAUGUGAGGUGAAUUUUGGUUUUGCUCUCACACUAAAUAACAAAAUAUGUGAAGCUGAAUAAUGUGGGAAAGUUAUAUAACAAAAAGAAAUACUAAAUAUGUGGAGCAUUUAGUUCAUAUUAAACUUUAAAUAUAAAUCUCAAGGCUAUCUUCACUGAAUCUUAAAGUCAUUCAAAUAAUGAACUAAGGCAUCAUGUACUUAAAAAGUAUUUUCGGCCUGGAUAUCAAAGUCAACUCAACUGUUUUAACUCAUUACACCAUUUCUUUCCCAAGUUAUUGAUAUUUGAAGUUUAAUGCAAGUUAUGUGGUGAUAUACAUUAAAUUAAUCAUGGCAAAAACUUCAGUUAUCUGCCCUACUCUCACAACACACAUGUGAAUAAAUCCCACACUAAGAUGUGUACACAGAGCCAUCUGGUGUACACUGCAACCCCUGCUAUGGGGCCUUAGCUUUUCGAGGAGCCCAAAUUAGCGAUGGGGGGAAAGAGUGGCACAAAACCAAAAAGUGCCCCCCACCCCCUCCAAAAGUCAUAUUACAAGUGUUUGCAAACUUUAACUUGCAAUUGUUAAAAAGUAAAAUUGUUUUUAAACUGAUUUUAAGUAAUGAUGAUGCCCUGGCCAGCAAAGAUGAAGAUGCCUUCAUUAGCCUCACGAGUGAUUAAAAAUGACUACAUACAUACCUUUCUCUUUAAGUAAGUGUUUAUUUUGCUUCAUUUAUAUAAGAGUUAGUAUGCUUAGCAUUAAAAUAAUCAAACACACUAUUAUUCAAAGUAUUCACUGAUUUUGUUUCAAAAUUCUCUUAUUCACCGGAUAUUGUUAAAGCAAAGAAAAUUGAUCUGAAUACUAUUACUAUAACAAUAAAUCAGUGCAACAAAAAGUUUUUAAAAUGAACCCAAUUUAAGGCAAGAACCAUGUCAAUGAUAUACAUAAUAAAAUUAAGUCACAACUUCACAAUAACUUAGUUGGGAAUGUCUAACACUACAUACAGGAAAAUUCAGAAAUGUGUAAAAAUACAAGAGGGCAUUCACAGAGUUCCAGAGAUUUUUCCUUAAAGCUUUUCAACACCUCAUAAAUUAUCAAGCACAAUAAAUAUUGUAUAACAGUGUACUUGAAGCAGCACUCUUAAAAUAAUGUGUUUAUAUAAGAGAACUCGAUACAUAGAGGACAGAAAAACAUAUUAUUGUGUAUAUUUCUUUACAACAUCAAAUUUCAUCAAUAUUAUUUUUAUUGCCUCAAGCUAAUUCAAAAUUUAAUGUUUUUAUUAAAUAGGCUCAUUUUACUUUGCCUAUACUUGGCUAAGUCUAACUUGAGAAAGUUGAAUCAAAUGUGGUCCUAGAAUUAAACCUUGCUGGCUGCAUUUAUCAAUAUCAGUAACAUUUUGAAUGUAAAGUUUUAUUUAAAAAUUUAAUUACAAAAUUUAAAAAAAACAUAUCUGGGUAACAAAAAUGCUGAACAGCUAAUUUGUAAUUCAAAACAUGAACACCAGUAGUUAAUUGUGAACAUGGUCUAAUAUUGCUAGGUAAGACCUUACUUAAUAUACUAACAGUUAUAGAACAAUCUAAAAAUAAAAAUACAAUUCUCUUUGUAUGAAAGUAUGGAGCAAUGGUGCAUUCAAUAAAAUUGUACUCAAUGAGAUUCUUAAAAAUACUACACAAGUUUGUUUUGUGUAUAAUAUUUUCUUUUGCUUCACAGAAAUAGUCUCAAUUUAAAUAAGAUGAAAUUAAUCUACUGUGCAAAAGGAGGUGGGACAUUA